AUGGGUCCUGGAAUUUUGACUCGAUCUCUGCUUGAUGCGGGUUUUAGAGUGGUAGCUCUGGAAAGUAACUCAGAUUUUUUUACAGAUUUACAGUCCCUAGAGGAUAGCCUGGAUGGGCAGUUAAAGGUGAUUCAUGGUGACUUCUUCAGACUGGAUCCUUUGGCAAAGGGAGCUUUGAAACCACCUGCUUUGUCUUCUGACAAACUUUUUGAAACCAUGGGCGUAGCAGCAGUUCCUUGGAGGGCAGAUGUUCCUUUGAAAGUUUUCGGAAUUGUUCCACAACCAUUGGAAAGAAACAGACUUUGGAGACUUCUUUUUGCCAUGUAUGAAUGCAGCUCCAUAUACAGAUACGGAAGAGUAGAACUCAACCUCUUUAUAAGUGAAAAAGAGUACACGAUAUUAACAGCAAAGCCUGGGAAUUCGAAGAUUUAUCAAGCACUCACUGUACUUGCACAACUAGGGUAUGAAAUUGAACUAAUGCAUAAGGUAAGAAUUUUGUACCAGCCGACAUGGCCUAAUGCUAUGGAUGUGCAUUUAGAAAAGGGUUUAUAGUGGUUUACUGUGGCAAACUAAUUGGAAGCUAAUUUGAUGUUUAAAUCAGUUGGAGAACAGUUGAAAACUUUUGUAAAAA